UCUUAGCGUUAAGAUCGAAGUUAGAGAGAAUCUCACAAAACAUCUUUAAGGGCAACGAUAUUUGUAUUGCGUACCAAUAUAUUGCAGGAUCUCGAAGCUCUUGCUCUUGAAUUUUCGGGUGGAUGACACAAUGCCUGAACAGGCUGAUUCUCGCACUACGAGACCUGUAUACCUCGCAAGAAAGACAUAUAAGCGUCCCUACAGGAAAAGCACCACUGGUUGCAAAGCGUGCAAAAGUAGAAAAAUCAAAUGCGACGAAGUUCGACCAGCCUGUACCAAUUGUAGGAAACGAUUUAUUGAUCCUUCUUGUUGUCAAUACGUAUCGCCUGCCGUGCAAAAGAAAACGCCUCCACAAGACCCGGAUAUUUCGUCCAGCUCUUCGUCUUCGUUGACCUUGGACAGACUCGUGACCAACAGUCCAAUCGGCGUCAAACCUUCGUCUCUAUUGGAAUUGAGGUUAAUGCACCACUACACCCGAUCAACUUGCGGUCGUCAACCUCUUCAGUACAUGUGUUCACCUACAACAGCUGACUCCAUGUGGGAGGUAGACAUUCCAAAACUUGCAUUUUCUAAUGAGGUUGUCCUUUCAGCCAUGCUAGGUAUAGCAGCAUUUAAUCUUUUAUCCCUUAGCCCCAACGAUCGAGAGCUGGCAGUUGCUUCAAGAUACUACUUCAACCAGGCGAUUGUAAAGCAGCGCGAUGCUGUAAGUCGCAUUGACCGGCAGAACGCAGAACCUUUGCUGGUGUCAGCAGUCUUACUCGCUCACCAAAAUUGGUUAUACAGCUACAGUGAAGAAGCCCAGGUCCGAGGGGUUGAUCUGAGCACAUACAAGAUGUGUAGGGGAGCGAGUCUGUUGGCUGAAAAGGCUUCACCUUGGACUUCACAAUAUGAUUUCCUUAGCCAAAUUGUCUUGAAACUUAAAGAGGAAGGAACCGAAUCGGAGUAUGAUGCAGAAUUCAUGGCCAAAGUGCACGAAGACAUGGACACCCUUAUUCGAGCCCUGGACGACAGAGGAAUCAACACAGAAGGCAGACUCGUGUAUGAAGCAGUUGCGGCAGAUGUCAUCAACACUUGCUCGUUUUUUGCUUCCGGCCGUGCCGAAAAUAGUGCUCUGGAACAACAAAUAGUCACUGUUCUCCAUCGAGUUCCGCCGCCUUUCAUUUCGCUCCUAGAAAAUGACGAUCCAAUUGCCAUGGCACUGAUGGCAAGAAAUCUUGCUUUGCUUGGAGUUCUCAAAGACAACUCUGCCUGGUGGGUUCAUGGCGCAGGAAAGAACAAUGUGACGGAAACGGCCCUGAGAGCUAUCACUGUUCAAAUGCCCCCUGAAUAUAUGUGGACCAUGGACUUUCCCUAUAAGGUGUUUGCCAAAGAGGUUAAAGUACUCUGAAAUAAUGGCACAUUGGUGGGAGACGUCCAAAUCCAGUCAUCCUGUGCUUUACAUUGGUAUUCCACGCCAUAUUCUUCAGGCGAGGAUGGA